AUGGAGCGCUCCGAUGUGCUCGUCAGCGGCUGGUUGGAGAAGCGGCUGCCGGUGCUCCGAGACACCUGGGAGUCCCACUGGUGCGUGCUGCAGCCCACCAGUCUGAUGUGCUUCCACGACGAGGCGGCGGAGUGGCCCAAGGCCACCUUGCAGCUGCGCCACGCGCGGCUGGCGGCCUUCAGGGACGAGUCCUCCUUCGGCGACGCCCUGGUGCACCGCAGCUCCCGGCCCUGGGGCUUCGUGCUGGACCUUGGAGUAGAUGUGCCGCAGCCGCACCAACGCUUCGUGCACUUCGACGCAUGCGAGGAUGUCGCGCUGGAGAAGUGGCUGAAUGCCUUCCGCGCUGCAGAGGCAGAGGGAAAGGUGAAAGAUGAGCCUGAGGAGGGGGAGGUUGAGCAGAUGUCGGACGCAACGCCGUCGCCAAAGAGCACGGUGCAUGCCCGCAGCAAGCGGACGUUCCUUUACCGCAAGCACAGCUACAACAAGCCUCGCCCCAAGGGCCGCGUGCUCCGGAGCCAGGUCACCUCCACAGAGGAUUGGCUGGAUGUGGCGCCCCGCAGGCCAGAAGCCUGGCAGCGGGCCUUCCGGCGUAUCAUCGACACAGGUGGCUUCGCCGAGACCUUCGACCAGCUCACGGAGCCAUGGCAUCCCUCCAGCCACUUCGCCAUGGAAGGUGCUGCGGAGGUCACCAGCGCGGUGCGUGCCGGACUCCAGCCCUGGCAGCGCGACAAGGGCUGGUUCUUGCUGGCGGCGGCGGCCGCGAAGCGCUCGCAGGGCCGACCCUUUGAAGAGCUGGUGCAAGCGGGCCUUGACCUGGAUGAGAAUGAAGCGGUUCGCGUGAUACAGGCCGACCUGCACCGCACCGGCAUGGAGGAUGUGAACGUGAGGAGCCUGGAGCGGGUGCUGCUGGCCUUCGCGGCGGGGAACGCGGAGAUCGGGUACUGCCAGUCCAUGAGCUUCGUGGCCGCCACGCUGCUCAUGUACCAGGAGGAGGAGCCUGCUUUCUGGACCCUCUGCAGCCUGCUGGAGGACAUUCUGCCAGAGGACUACUUCUCCGCGCGGAUGUGUGGACUGCGGGCGGACCUCCGCGUCCUGGAAAGGCUGAUGGCGGAGCUGCUGCCGGAGCUGUCGCAGCAUCUGGAGGCGCAAGGUAUUGACUUGUCUCCGAUUACGGUGAACUGGUUCCUUUGUCUGUUUCUCAACACUCUUCCUGCUGAAUGGUCCCAUCGGGUCCUGGAGUCGGUCCUCUACGAGGGCUCCGUCACACUCUUCCGCAUGGCGCUGAGCAUCCUGAGGCUGCGCCAGGACGAGCUGAAAACCUGCGCUUCCAUCCCGGACGCCUUCAUCUUCCUGCGCUGCCCCUGCAGCCCGGAAAAGGGCUGCCAGAAGUUGGACACCACGCAGCUCUGGGAGCUGAUGUUCGACGAGUGGCUGAACGGGCUCUCCGGGCGCCUGCGGGGCCUACGGGAGGAACAGCUCCGAAGGGUCCAGGCGGAAGACGGAGAGACUUCGAAGCGGAAGGCGUUCAAGGUUCCAUCGUUUAGCUGGAUGGACUUUGAGAUGCCGAGCAUACCGUCUGUGAACUUCUCCUCCUGGCUGAGCCUCAGCCCCAAGUCCUCCUCCAUGGAUUCUCCAGCUUAG